UGGAGAAUUUUGCGAAAAAGGUCCCUGUUCUCCAAAUCCUUGUUUGAACAACGGAGUAUGUGUAUCUAAAGAUGGAAAAGAUAUAUGCCUUUGCAAGGAGCCCUUUUGGGGAGAAUUUUGCGAAAAAGAUUUUUGCUCUUCAAAUCCUUGUAAAAAUGAUGGAAUAUGUAUGACAAUCAACAAUGAGGGGAAAUGCAUUUGUAAACCUCAUUCUUCAGGGGAAUUUUGUGAAAUAGAACCUUGCUAUCCAAAUCCUUGUCAAAACAGUGGAUCAUGUCGAAUAAUGGAUGGAAAAGCAAAAUGUACUUGUCUGGAACCAUAUUCUGGAAUAUAUUGUGAAAAGGGGGGAGGAGAUAGUUCUUCCAGUUCGAAAUCAGUUGUAGAGGUUUCUACAUUACCAGUUUGUAAUUGCGGUAAAAAAUCAACUCAGUGUUAUUAUGAUAUCAACAUGAAAAAAGUAUGCAUUUGCUUGCCGGGAUACGAAGAAAGGGAUGGAACAUGUUCUGAAUGCUACUGUGGCAAGCAAUCUUGGUCUUGUCGGUUUAAUUCUAGAGGUGACAAGGACUGUGACUGUCAUCCAGGUUAUGCACAGAAGAACGGAACAUGUGUUGAAAUGUGCCUGUCCAGUAGUGAUUGUUUGAAUGAAGGGAUAUGCAAACGCUACGAUAAAGGUUCUUUCUGUGACUGUGGCCCAUAUUUCAGUGGGGACAGGUGCGAGAAAUCUGAGUUUUGCGACCAUCUAAAGGAAAAAUGCGAAGAAAUUGGAGCAGUGUGCGUACCGACACGAUGGAAAACAACCUGCGAAUGUCCCAAGGGCAAAAUAUUUACACCUCGUGGAAUCUGCGAAGAUAUAUGCGAUUCAGCGAAGUGCCUGUUUGGGAAAUGCGAAGCACAUGGAAAAACGUAUAGAUGCAUAUGCGAUGAAGGAUUUUCUGGUUUUCUAUGCGACAUAAACAACAAUUUUAAAACGAACAUAUCUAUUUUGGGGAUUUCUCUUAUCAUAUUUUGCUUCACUCUACUUAUCACUCUGGUUGGAUUUCUCUCCUGCGGUUGCCAAAAUAUUAGAUACAACACAUGUGAUAAUUCGAAACGCUGUUGACCACCUGUUUUGCUGGGAAAUAUCAUUAAUAUCUCAAAGAAAAAGAUGAACUUCACUGCAUAGUUUUUAUUCAUUUUUAUGUAUGUAUUCUGUGGUAUUCUGCGAAUUGAACUAUA